AUGCUUCGUUCGCUUCUUCCCUUGACACUAUUGUCCCUCGCGGCAGGUCUUGAUCUCAAUGUCUGCUCGUCUCGAAACAUCGGCGGCACUUUAAAGACUUCUGAUCAGUAUAUGUCUAAUGGCUUGUGUCAUGACUACUGUCUGAAAGACGGUUACGCCGUGGCCAUAACUCAGAAUUACGACUGCUGGUGCACUAACGAUGUCCCCGCAGACACUGAUUCCAAGUCCAACUGUGACACCGGAUGCCCUGGCUAUUCCGAGCAGGAAAACUGUGGUGGUGACGGCUACUUUGGUUAUAUCUUUAUAAGAAGCCCUUCAAAUACUGUUGAGCCGUCUUCUCUGACUACAGAGGCCUGGUCUACCCAGGAGGCUCCGGAAUCCACCCUGGAAGAGGAAACUUCCGAGGAACAAACUUCCACAACUCCUACUUCAACUUCCACAUCGUCAUCACCUUCCCCAACCUCCACAUCAUCCACUUCUACAUCAUCAUCAUCAUCAUCAUCAUCGUCAUCAUCAUCAUCAUCGUCUUCGAGAUCCUCAUCUUCUCCAAGAACUUCAUCCUCACCAUCACCUACGACAUCGUCAAGGUCUUCAAGCUCCAGCUCAAGUCUGAGCUCGUCCAGCUCUUCUAAAUCGCUGAGCUCAAGCUCUUCUGAACCUCCUGAAGUCGUUACCUCUUUACAAGCAACAACGGUAUAUUCGGUUACAACUGCUGAUGGCUCUGCAUCCCAGGUGAUCUCAACCAGAUACGUAACUGAACUUGCUUCAACAUCGACUCCCACGAGCGACCCGAGUGCAUCAGGUGACGGCGAUGACGAUAACGACGACGAACAAAAGUCUUUCUUUGACUCGACUGGCAAAGUAGCCGGCACUUUUACCGCAGUUGGUGUGGUUGUCGUUGGUGCUUUGGGCACUUUGCUCUACUGCUGUUGUUUUGGCGCAGGUCGCCGUAAUGACGAUUACUCAGACGAAGAAAACCAGUAUUCAUCUGACGAACUUUCUGUUAAUAAUGAAAAGCCUGUCGCUGCAGGCGGUAACUUCCACUCAAAGUCGUCACUGAGAAGUUCUAAUUUAAAGAGAGACAAUUCUAGCAAGUCGAUACUUUCUAUAUUUAAUCCCGGCACUGGCGGCAUGGGAGGCUCCGCCGUUGGUAGGAGCAUGUCUAAGAAGAAACUUAAUCCUAAUAAGGAGUCUGCCCCAGAUUCUGGCGGCCCGAUAAUGUUCCCUAUUCUGGAAUUCGAUAAUCGUUUGGACCCACUGACGAUGUUCCAGAAUUCAAAUGCAUCGAAAUUCUCCUUCGCCGAUGAGAAUGAUUACUCCAGGCGUAUAUUGCAUGUCGCUAACCCCGAAUAG